CACCAUUGUUCAGUCUUGUUCACCGCUGUUGUGAUGGAGUUCCUCAUGGAAUCUUCGAAAGCCACGUUGCGCCUCAUGAGUGGCUUGGACUUCAUGGUGGAGCGCCUCGAGCCGGAAGACCUCGGAGGUGACUCCAUGAAGGGUUUCCGGCGCCACUUGCAGCAGGCCGAAAGCUCCCGUUUUUGCCUCAUUGCGUUUUCCAUGAAUGCCAGCCUGGGGCAAAGCUCGAAGCUUCGCGAGGUUUGCAAGAAGAAACCUGAGAUGAUCCGAGAAGCACACGAUUCGGCAGACAAGUUGCUGCCGGUUUUGGUGGGUCAUACAGUGGAGGAGGGCACAGUGACGUUCGUGCUGGAUAUGUCCAAAGGUGGUGAGUAUGACGACUCAGAAUUCUUACAGGCUUGGGAGGAGGAUGUUGCCAGCUUCCUUCGCGAACCCGUUGGGCGACAGACAGGAGCUGCCGCUGACACACAUCGUCAAAUCAGGCCUUGGAUGAAGUACUUCAUUGCCGAAAGCUCUGUGAAAUCACAAUUGGUAGAGCUGAUGUCUGAAGAAGCCCGUGAUUGGGCCCAGAACACAGCAGAAGGUCGAAUCCAGUUGUGCAUGAUGGGCCUUGUUGUCAUCCACCUUUUUGAGUACGGCUUUCAGCUUUUGCAUGAGUCUGGUGCCAAGAUCACCCCAUCAUCCAUCUUCCAUGACCUGGAGGAAGACGAACCCCAAGUGAAGAACCCAAAGGUGCUCCUGGAGAAGCUUCGGAAGGAUUUUCCAACCGUGACGAUGUUUCCAGGGGAGUACUAUGCUGCAGCCUAUAGCAAAGACUCGGCUUAUGUCAAGGUGAUGUCUGCCAUGUCAGGCAUUGUCCAUGCGCUGUGUGCUGGAGGAGAGAUUCACUUCAACAAUGUGGAUGCAGAUGAGGUGAAGAGCCUUCACUUGGCGAAUGCUGGGCUGGUACUUCAAGAUUCCUGUGCAAUGGUCCUUGUGAAAGGAUUGGUGGAGAACCAGGGCGUUUGCCAGAUCAAGCUGCCUUCAAGCCCAGCCAGCUCCUCCAAUGGAGUUCAGAGCUCUCUGUAUUCACCUGCGGACACGAUCUUCGCAGGAAGUCUGCAAGAGAGCCAGUUGUCUUUAGAGGAGAAGGUGCAGCAAGUAUUGUUGGUGUGCUCAGGUGAACUGGUUGGAAGAGAUCAGUUGACCAAACUUUUUCAGGAGAAGAAGCACCCAGUGUGCUAUGAUGGCUUUGAGCCUUCGGGUCGUAUGCACCUUGCCCAGGGAAUCAUGAAGGCCGACAUCGUGAAUCGCCUCACCAAAGCUGGCUGCGUCUUCGUGUUUUGGGUUGCGGAUUGGUUCGGCUUGUUGAACAACAAGAUGGGUGGUGACCUUGCAAAGAUCCAAACAGUUGGGCGAUAUUUCGUGGAGGUUUGGAAAGCGGCGGGCAUGAACAUGGAGAACGUCCGCUUUCUUUGGGCCGCAGAGGAAAUCAACAAGAACUCUGAUCGCUACUGGCUCCUGGUGAUGAACAUUGCCCGAGCUUUCACCGUCAGCCGCAUGAAGCGAUGCUGUCAGAUCAUGGGCCGCCAAGAAAGUGACGAUAUGCCCGCCGCGACCAUCAUGUAUCCAUGCAUGCAAUGUGCCGAUGUGUUCUACUUGGGAGCAGACAUUUGCCAGUUAGGCAUGGACCAGCGCAAAGUGAACGUGUUGGCCAGGGAGUUCAUGGACCGCAAGGAGUUUUGCCAUGAGAAGCGAGAGAAGCCCAUCAUUGCUUCGCACGGCAUGGUGCCGGGCUUGUUGGAGGGGCAAGAGAAAAUGUCAAAGUCUAAUCCGGACUCGGCCAUUUUCAUGGAGGAUUCAGUGGAAGAUGUGAGCAGGAAGAUCAAGAAGGCAUUUUGCCCUCCAAACCAGGUGGAAGGCAAUCCAUGCGUUGCAUAUGUGCGGAUGAUCAUUUUCCCUCGGUUUGGUGAAUUCGUUCUGAAGCGCAAAGCAGAACAUGGGGGCAACAUCCGCUUUGCUUCUGUGGAAGAGUUUGAGACCGCUUACGGUGCGGGCUCAGUGCAUCCGGGUGAUUUGAAGGCCAGUCUUGCAGAGGCCAUCAAUGAGAUCAUCGAACCUGUGAGGCUCCACUUCCGCGAGAACCCUGUUGCAGCCCAACUUCUGGAGACAGUGAGGCGCUACCAAACCACCAGGUGAGUGAAGACGAUUGAAGACGUGUAGGUCGCAUGUCUUGGGGUCCUUUUGGGUCCAACUCCAGGGUUGGCCUUGCGCAAUCUUGCGCACCUGUGUCGUAUUGACAGUGAAUUCAUGGAGCAUUUGAAUCAUUUGGGCGUUUCACGCGCUUGACUUUAUGCUACGACUUUAUGCUACGUACUUUUCAAGUCCUGGGAUUUCUGCUUGUCACGUUGACAGUUCAAAUAGUUAACCGUUCCAGGACUUUUGCAACAACGGCCUUUGCACCAGCUUGAGGACCGGUCUUAAGUUCUCAGGCUGUAUCACAGAAGGCUGCUCC